CUUCGACCUCUCGGCCCGCGCUGCCCCUCCCCUCGCGUCCCCUCCCCCUCCUCCCCAGGCCCUGCCUGCCGGGUCGGCGCCGCGGCCCCCGGGCGUGCGCUCUCGCGCGCGCGCGCACUCGCCUGUGUGCGCGCUCGCGCCGCCUCGGACCCGCGCCUCCGCUCGGCGCUCGGCCGCCCCGGGAUCCCCGCCCGUGCGCGGCGUCCCACCUUCCUCCACCUUGGCCCGGGCGCCUGCCGCGCGCCUCUCCGCGCCGUGCGGGAACAUGGCGGGAUCAGUGGCUGACAGUGAUGCGGUGGUGAAACUAGAUGAUGGACAUUUCAACAACUCCUUGGGCUCUCCGGUUCAAGCCGAAGUGUACUUCCCACGACUGAUAGUUCCAUUUUGUGGACACAUCAAAGGUGGCAUGAGACCCGGGAAGAAGGUGUUAGUGAUGGGCAUUGUAGAUCUCAAUCCUGAGAGCUUUGCCAUCAGCCUGACCUGCGGUGACUCAGAAGAUCCCCCCGCCGAUGUGGCCAUCGAGCUCAAGGCUGUGUUCACAGACCGGCAGCUGCUCAGAAAUUCUUGCAUUUCCGGAGAGAGGGGAGAGGAGCAGUCGGCAAUCCCGUACUUCCCAUUCAUCCCAGACCAGCCUUUCAGAGUGGAAAUUCUCUGUGAGCACCCACGGUUCAGGGUGUUUGUGGACGGACACCAGCUUUUUGAUUUUUACCACCGCAUUCAAACGUUAUCCGCGAUUGACACCAUAAAGAUUAACGGGGACCUCCAGAUCACCAAACUUGGCUAACGCACAAGCCCCACUGCAUCUCAGGCGGAACUGGCUGCCACAGCUCUCUGAAGGAAAAGUCCCAGCAAUACCUGUAGACUUCACAAACAAAAAUAGAAGCAAGCAACACCGUCUCCUUCUGUGCAGUUUAAGCCCAAAGUGACUGCUUCAGCUGGGGUCAUCCUUCAGAAGAAAGCUGUUGGGACAAAGACACCGAGCCAUUCUUCCCCCAGCAAGGAGACAUGCUUGUGCUGGAUUGGAUCAGAUGCAGCCAAAAACGGAUGUGAAAUGAUUUGUGAUUUGGCAGCAAAUUAUUCAUCUUUUCAAAGUGAGAUGAUAUGUAAAAACAAAAGUGCCGAACACAUUAAAAACAGUAA